GUAGGCCGCGACCCAGGCCCAGUGCUGCUCUGCGCAAGCGCGUCCUUCCGAGCCCCUCCGCGGAUUCGCCACCAGGAAACAUUCCCCGAGACAAUGUCGCGACCUGGUUCUCCCCAGGAGGCAAACAGAAAGAGUUUGCUAGCUGCUGCUAAGACCCGCUUGAGAAAGCACGAUGUUGGGAGCAAAUAUUCUCACUUGUAUAACAGAUAUUCCAUCCUUUUACCGUUGGUGGUGAAAGAGGGAGAACUCCAUUUGUUGUUUACUGUGCGGUCAGAAAAGCUAAGAAGGUCUCCUGGAGAAGUUUGCUUUCCUGGAGGAAGGCAUGAACCUACAGACAUGGAUGACAUAGGCACAGCUCUCCGGGAAGCCCAGGAAGAAAUAGGACUGCGUCCUCAUCAAGUGGAGAUCGUCUGCCGCCUGGUGUCAUGUGUGCUUGACAUAAAUACACUGAUAACCCCAGUUGUGGGUCUUCUAGACCACAACUUCCGGGCCCAGCCAAAUCCAGCUGAAGUUAAGAAUGUGUUCCUGGUGCCUCUGGGCUAUUUCCUGCAUCCGCGUGUCUACAUCCAGAAACACAUAACAAGUUUCGGUCAUCAUUUUCUUCUUCAUUGUUUUGAGUACACAAACCCUGAAGAUGGUAUGACUUACCAAAUCAGGGGAUUCACUGCCAAAUUUGCCUUGUUGGUGGCCUUAAUUAUUUUGGAAAAACGACCCACCUUUGAGGUUGAAUUUAAUCUCAAUGAUCUAAAAGCAUCUUCUGAAAAGAUAUUCCUAUGGCUUCAUAAUAACGCUACAAGCAAGUUAUGAUUUAUGAGAACAAGAUCCAAAGAACUAUCCAAGAGGCUUUUGUAUGUGCUUAUUCAUAGAACAACAGUAAUGCCAGCUGUUAGAAUUUGACAGGUGUGAAUAUCUUUUUCUGCAAUAUGAAGUUAAAAAUUUUGCCUUUUUUCCAGUUGCCUCUAUUGUCUGAAAAAGCAAGUCUUCCAAAGGUGGAAAAAAUGUGUUUAUAGCAUUGCAUAAGUUCACCCACAAUAUGUUAAUAAUAUUUUUCUUACACAUACAAGAAAUUGUAUCUGACAUAUAGUAGGCACUUAAUAAAUAUUUGUAAACUAUA